AUGGAGGUGGAUCAGAGAACUCCCAAACCUAAGGGAGAGGUUCUGGAAGAAGCUCGAGAGAGUGCCGCCGAGGACAAGGAUGGAGACGCCGUGAUGCCCAGUGCUGAGGAAACUGCUAAUAUAUACUGUAAUUUAUGGGAUAGAAAUGUUGAUUACAAAAAUUUUGACAUAUAUGUUACAGGGGAGUGGUGGAAUGCUAAUGUACUCGAAGUUGAACAGCAAGGCUUGGCAACCGGAGCAGCACCUAAUAUAUCCGAUGCCUACACAAUCAAUGGUGAACCUGGUGAUCUUUACGCCUGCUCGAAAAACAAAAGCAGCAAGUUUGAGGUUGUCCAAGGAAAAACCUACUUACUACGCAUUAUCAAUGCUGCACUCAAUAACCAACACUUCUUCAAGGUAGCAAACCACAACAUGACAGUAGUAGCAAUCGACGCUGUUUACACCGUCCCCUACGAAACAGACGUGGUGGUGACCGGACCAGGCCAAACAGUUGACGUCCUCAUGACAGCCAACCAGCCUAUUUCCUCGUACUACGCGGCAGCCAAGCCAUAUGCAAGCGCACCUGGUGUACCAUUCGAUAACACUACUGCCACUGCAAUCUUUACCUAUGUUAACAGCACAAAUUCAACACCGAUAAUGCCUGCAUUACCGGCCUUCGACGACACCCCUAUGGCUCAUAGAUUUUAUUCUAAUCUAACCGGCCUUACCUCUGCUCGAUUCUGGGAGCCAACGAUAUUAGAUGUCGACGAGCAUAUGUUCAUGGCAAUUGGCCUAGGCUUAGUUUCGUGUGGAAAAAACACAAGUUGUUUAGGCCUUUUCAAUCAAAGUUUUGCUGCUAGUAUUAGCAACUUUUCUUUUCAGUUACCUACAAAGAUGUCCAUAUUAGAGGCGCAUUACUCCAAUGUCACAGGCGUGUACAAUGCCACGUUCCCGGACACGCCUCUUAUGCCAUUCGAUUAUACGAACCCCAACAACAGCCUGAACCAGAACUUGUUAAUGACCACGAAAUCGACUACUGUAAAGCGGGUUAAGUAUAACACUACGAUUGAGAUUGUGUUUCAGGACACUUCUUUGGUGGGUAUAGAGAAUCAUCCUAUGCACAUUCAUUGUUUUAAUUUUCAAGUACUUGCUCAAGGGUUUGGAAAUUAUGAUCCUAAUGUGGACCGUCGAAAGUUCAAUCUUGUUAAUCCGCAAAUCAGGAAUACCAUUGCUGUGCCUACUGGUGGUUGGGCUGUUGUUAGAUUCCGAGCUAACAAUCCGGGUGUAUGGAUAUUGCACUGCCAUCUAGAUGUUCAUCUAACAUGGGGUUUAGCUAUGGCUUUUAUUGUUGAUGAUGGCGGCACUCCGGAAACAACCUUACCGCCACCUCCUGCGGACUUGCCAAAGUGUUGAAAUCAAUAAUGUCCCUAAUUGCAUAUAUACCAUUUUCUUGGCAAAUGAUUCAUGCAAGACUUGGUCAUUCUUCACUGAUUGUUUAUGUUGCACACCAUCAAUUGUAUGUGUGUCCUUAUGCUUGUGUGUUACAUUGUAUAAUAAUUUAUUUUAUGUUGUAUACAUAUACGAGUGUAUAAAUAAAAAUUGUUACAGUCAAUAUAUAAUGUUUCAUUUUAAAGAGUUCAUAA